UUUUGACGUAAUGCACACAAGCUAACAGCUGACGAACGCUACAAGUGGAUCAGAAAACUGACAACUCACCUUGCCAGUUUUAAAGAUAACUCUUCAAGGUUUGUCGACAAGAUGCCGAAGUAUUGUUCUGCACCGAACUGCAAGAAUGAUUCUGGAAACAAUUCUGAAAGGAAAAGCUUCUAUAAGUUUCCACUGCAGGAUCCAGCUCGGUUAGAACAGUGGUUGAAAAACAUGGGUCGUGAGGACUGGAGCCCUUCCAGACACCAGUACAUCUGUCAUGAACAUUUUGCAGCUUCCAGCUUCAAGCUGCGCUGGGGGAUUCGCUACCUGGAGAAUAAUGCUGUGCCCACUGUCUUCCAGCUCACUGAGAAACGUAAAGGUGAGGAACACAGUGAGAGUCAGAAAUCCAAAAGGCUGCGACACGGCAGGAAACCACUGACCACCUCUUCUGACGUUGGGAUGCCAGUUAGCGACUCCACCGACAACACAUUGACACUCUAUGAGGUCACUGUUAACCCCUCGGCGACUGAGGAGGCACAGCUGCUGGAGGAGCGGGACGUGACUGGCCACACAGUGGGCCUUCUGCACACAGCACCUCUGCCACUGUCGGCGUUGGAGGGGAGGAGCCACGACGGGGCUGCGGGAGACUUCCCUGUUACGGUGUUCCAGACAGUAGAGGAUCUGGGUGGGCUGGACGGGGACGUGGUGGUGUCACAACAGCUGGAAGAGGUGGUGAGUGGGGUCACAGCGGCCAUCUUGACUGAGGGUCAUGACCUCGGAACGACGGAAGAUGUCGGCAAUUUUGUGUUGUCCCCGACGUCUCUGGUCAUGGAGAACGUCUCUCCUGAGAUGGAGGAGGAGCUGUCUGUCUCCCAGGACGACCACGGUGGUGGGGCUCAGAUCAUCGCCUACUUUGAGACGAUUCCUAACAUUCUGUCCAGCGGGGCGGAUCAGUUCAGCAUCCCCCCAGACACUGUGCUGUCCUCUGCUCUCAGCCCCACACCCAUCGUCUCCACACUGCCUAUAGUGUCCAAGCACACGCCCCCCUCUCCUGCAUCACUUAUCCUCACGCUGGAGAGACUGGCGACGGAGGAGGGGGAGACUCCAGAGGAGGACGAUAUGGAACAUCGGGGAAGCCAACUGGAGGAACACCGCUACAAUAAGAACAGCCUGAGUAAGGAGCAGCUGGAAGCCAUUGUGAUCGAGCUUCAGAAGAAGGUAAAGGUCCUGCAGCAGAGACACAGGAGACACCUGGAUAAACUUGUGGGUCUGGAAAACACCGUCAACCAACUGAGACAGAACAACUUGCUGAAUGAAGAGAGGGUACAUCUGCUGGAGAGGGUGUGUAUCCAGACCAGUGCUGCUGUAUCGGAGGCAGGAGAGACCGUGGCUAUCAUCUAUGAACAGGACAACACAGCAUACCUCUAUGACGGAUCUGGAUAAACAGCGUACCUCUAUGACAGAUCGGGUUAAACAGCGUACCUCUAUGCCUUGUCUAGUAUAAAGACCGAGAAAGGUCAGGGUCCAGAACAGAGACGGGGUCAGGUACCAGAACAGACACGGGAUGGGGUCAGGGUCCAGAACAGACAGAUACGGGACGGGGUCAGGUACCAGAACAGACAGACAGACACGGGACGGGGUCCAGAACAUAUAUACGGGACGGGUUCCAGGACAGACAGACACGGGGUCAGGGUCCAGAACAAACACACGGGACGGGGUCAGGGUCCAGAACAGACAGACAGACACAGGACGGGGUCAGGGUCCAGAACAGACAGACAGACACGGGACGGGGUCAGGGUCCAGAACAGACAGACAGACACGGGACGGGGUCAGGGUCCAGAACAGACGGGCGAGAUAGGUAGUUACCUUGCUAAAGUGAUGAGGAAUCUAGCUGAUAUGAACCCUGUACUUUAUGUGAUGUGAAAAUCAGAAACUUUGUCUAUUCUUGGAAUAUCAGAAGAUGGAGACUGAUCUGUUUGGAUGAACGUGUCUGUUUUAUUAUUUAUUAGUAUCUUAGGUGAUAUUAUAAACUGGGUGGUUCCAGCCCUGAAUGCUGAAUGCUGUGGUAUAUCAGACUGUAUACCAUGGCUAUGGGCUGUGUCCAGACACUCUGUGUUGCGUUGUGUGUAAGAACAGCCCUUAGCCGUGGUAUAUUGGCCAUAUACCACACCUCCUCAGGCCUAAACACUUAUUAUAAAACUGUGUGGUUUGAGCCCUGAGUGCUGAUUGGCAUAACAGACUGUAUACCACAGUAUGACAAAUCUGUUUUACUACUCUAAUUACGUUGGUAACCAGUUUAUAAUGGCAAUAAGGCACCUUGGGGGGUUUGUGGUAUAUGGUCAAUAUACCACGGCUAAGGGCUGUGUCCAGGCACUCCGCGUUGUGUCAUGCUAAAGAACAGCCCUUAGCUGUGGUACAUUGACCAUAUACCACACCCCCUCAGGCCUUAUUGAUGAAUUAUUUUACUAGUGUUUGUCAGUUAUUACAUUUUGGAGAGACAUUAGUCGGUCUGUAGGUGAAGUGGCAUCACUGGAGUUAGUUUUGCUGGGACAGUGGAAAUGUACUAACAAUGGUAUUCUGUUUUGUUUAAUCAUAUAAUUUUAUCCCCUGCUGUAAAUGUAAUUUUCUUUCAGAAUGUCAGUUUGAUGUUGAAAAAUUUGCUCCGUCAGCUUGUUGUGUUUGUGUGUUUAAAGUAUUGACAAUACAAUAUUGAUUUGCACUGAC